AUGUAUAUAGUGGUGAAUGUAAAUGGCAAAAUGGCCAAUAAUAUAUUUCAGCCAAGGCAGACGAAUAUUGGAAACAUUCAAAAAUUUCCGCCAGGGAGUGCGGUGAUGGAUCAAGAAGAGAAGAGAUAUGUAGUGGUGUGUGUUUACAUUGACAUUUGCGGCGUGGUAUCACAUCGAGGGUUUCGACGAUGUAUUCGGUGGGGCGACGCCAGCUGGUCUACCAAGAAAGUGGUACUCGGAUGGCUCCUGGAUUCCGUUGACAAAACCAUCAGCCUUCCGCCACAUCGAAUUGAACGGCUGCAAACCAUCCUGGCCGGCAUUGGCCCCACAAAGAAGCGCACCAGUGCCAAGAACUGGCAUCGUUUGCUGGGUGAAUUGCGAUCCAUGGUGAUUGGAAUCCCAGGUGCACGCGGCCUGUUUAGCCCACUUCAAGAAGCCUUUCGGACCAAAACCCCGGACCAUCGUCUUCACCUGAAUGCCAUGGUUCACCAAUUCCUGGACGAUUUCCGUCAGCUGUCCACAACCCUUGGUAACCGUCCCACCAGGAUAGCCGAACUCGUUCCUCAAGAUCCGAGUGUUAUUGGAACUACAGACGCUUCAGGGACGGGGAUGGGCGGCAUUGCUUUUCUCAAUACUCCCUCUGGUCUGCGACCCAUACUCUGGCGGCAUCGCUACCCCAAGCAUGUCCAAUCACAAUUGAUAACCUUCGACAAUCCACGGGGAUCGUUGAGCAUUGGCGACUUGGAACUGUCUGCCACGGUGUGCCACCACGAUGUCAUCACUACUGCUGCCGAUGCUCGGGAGCACACCAUCCACAGCUUCCACGACAACACAGCUGCCCAAUUUUGGCAGCGCAAGGGCUCCACCACUACGACAGGACCGCCUGCCACCCUGCUUCGCCUCCAGUCCCACCAUCAACGGAUGUUCCGCUAUGUACCGUUCCACGACUAUCUCCCAGGACUCCUGAAUAAAAUGAAUGAAUUGCUGGGAGCUGCACCGCGUUCGUCUGCCGAUUCUUUCCGCCGUGAUCUCGAUAUUAACCAGCAAACAGUACGAAAGGGUGUCGUUCGAGGAACUCAAGAUACUGCUGACGCGCACUGGGAGCUUUGGACCAAGUUCUGUGAAGAACUUGGACUCGACCCCCUCCUCCGCGUCCCUGAUCCCGUUCAAUUUCUCCAAGUCUUUGCCACACGCUACCGCCGUCGACCAGGAAAGUACCCCGGUGAAUGCGUCCGAUCUGGCACGGUUUCGAACGCCAUACGCUCGGUGGGCCAGACGAUGGCCAGCAUGGGGGCCAGGGAUGCUCGGAAAGACAGCACGGGUUCCAUUGACUUCCGCCUGACUCGGAUGUUCAAGGCCUACACCCGAGAGGACCCACCGCCUCAUCGGGUGAAACCCAUCCCAGUCGGUAUCAUUAAGUAUAUCGCCAACCAAAGUCGAAAUCAACCUUGCAAAGUUCAGGCCAUUUCUGACAUGAUCAUCGUGGCUUUCUUUUUUCUCCUCCGCCCUGGCGAAUACACAGGCACCACAAACGAUGACACACCUUUCCGGUUCCUUGAUGUUCAGCUCAAAGUCGGCGUACGCCACCUUGACCUUCUCACUACCACACCUGCUGAAUUAUGGGCUGCCACCAGUGUUGCCCUUACAUUCACCACGCAAAAGAAUGGUGUCCGUGGCGAAGUCAUCUGUCACGGUCGGAGCGGCCAUGAUGUCCUCUGCCCCGUCCGCUCCAUGAUCCGCCGUAUCCUCCAUCUCCGACAACAUACUGCAAACAUGCACACCAUCAUUGCAACCUAUUUCCAAAACGGCCGCCAUUACUCCGUAAAAUCGGCCGACAUCACCACUACAUUACGCCAAGCUACAGCCGCCUGCGGCGCCGACCUCGGUUUCCUUCCUUCCGACGUCAGCGCCCGCUCCCUUCGCGCGGGCGGUGCCAUGGCCCUUUUCUGCUCCAACGUCGAUCGCGACACCAUCCAACUCAUUGGACGCUGGAAAAGCGACGCCAUGCUUCGCUACCUCCAUGUCCAAGCCCAACCAGUUAUGCAAGGCUUCGCCUCCAUGAUGCUUCAAGGCGGCGAAUACGCUAUUCAUCCUGGCCAGAACCUUGUCCCAAUGUACUGA